AUGGGGGGCCUCCAAGUGGGCCCCCCGUGGGGGCCCCCGACACAGCAACAGGAACAGCAACCCUUUCAGGGCCCCCAGGGGGUUCAGAGAGGUACCCAGACAGAUGAGGGGCCCCCAGGAGAAGGGGGGCCCCCAGGAGAAACGGGGCCCGCAAGAGAAGGGGGGGCCCCAGGAGACGGGGGAAACCUAUGGCUGGCGAGGUUGCCAGCAGAUAGCCCAGAAGCCUCCGCGCUGCUUCAACUGCUGCUGCCAUCGCAGCAGCAGCAGCAGCAGCAGCAGCAAUACCCCGCGAGGCCUCCUGUGAUGUUCUUGCAGCCGAGGCAAACUCCCGCAGCAGCAGCAGCAGCAGCAGCACCAUCAUCUUCAUCAUCAUCAGCAGCAGCAGCAGCCACAGCAGCAUCAGCACCAUCAUCAUCGGCAGCAGCAGGAGGAACAGCUGCAGCACCAUCAGCACCAUCAUCACCAUCACCAUCAUCAGCAUCAGCAUCAGCAGCAGCAUCAGCAGCAGCACCAUCAUCAUCAUCAGCAGCAGCAGCAGCAGCAGCAGCACGAGGACCUGAUAUAAGUUUGUAUUGGUUGCGUUGUUGUGUAAGCGAUAUAAAGGUCCCUCUUUGUUGGUCCCCGUUUUUGUCUCCUUCUUCUUUUCCUGCUGCAUCAAAACUCCAACCCCAAAAAUUACAUCUUCUACUCGCCAGCUUAGCAGCAGAAAAUGCGAAUUCUACUGCUGCACCUGCUGCUGCUGCUGCUGCUGAUGAUGCUGUUGCUUCACCUGAUGCUCCCGCUGCUGCCUCACCUGUUGCUGCUGCUGCUGCUGCUGCUGGGCACUCAGCGGCGAGGUCGUUGGGGAGCCCUCGAGGGCCGUCAGCGGAAGGAACAGGCCUAAACAAACCAUUAGCAGCAGCAGCAACAGCAACAGGAGCAGCAGCAGCAGCAGCAGCACGAGCGAAAGAAGCAGCAGAAGCAGACGGCACUGCUGCAGUAGCCAGAGCAGCAGGAGCAGAGGCAGCAGCAGGACGCACUGCAGCAGAACCAGCAGGAUCGGCAGCAUCACCAGGAUCAGGAGAAGCAACAACAGCAGCAUCAUCAUCAUCACCAUCAUCGUCAUCAGCAGCAGCAGCAGCAGCAGCAAGAGCAUGCUCUGGGGUUGUAGGGAAGCCUUUAGGCGUUGGCUUUUCUUUGUUUUCUGCUGCUUCUUCUCUCUCCUCUUUAAUUCACAGUUCUUCUCUCGUUCAUGAGGGCCCCCUUCUUGCUGCAGCAAGGGGGGCCCCCCUAAAGGGGGCCCCCCUGCGUUCGCUAGAGAAGACGCUGCAGCUGAAGCUGACGAAACCCGUUCUACUCAAGAUGCUCGCAGAAGAGCCAGAGCAGCAGGAGCAGAGGCAGCAGCAGGACGCACAGCAGCAGAACCAGCAGGAUCGGCAGCAUCACCAGGAUCAGGAGAAGCAACAACAGCAGCAUCAUCAUCAUCACCAUCAUCGUCAUCAGCAGCAGCAGCAGCAGCAGCAGCAGCAAGAGCAUGCUUUGGGGUUGUAG